AUGGGUUGUACAAGUACAAAAAGAAGUAAAGCUGAAGGUGAUAUUGAUCGUUAUCAUCUUGAAAUAUUAAAUGCAGCACAAGGAGAUGAUGUUAGACGUCUUAAAGAAAUUCUCGAUGAAUUGGACAAACGUAAAGCUACAACGACAAAAAAAGAAGUACUUAAUAUGGUUGUAUUUAUUCAAUUUAAACUUCCAUCUUCUGACGUAUUAUUUAUCCCUAUUUCUUCUUCUCCUCCUUCAUCUUUUGUACCUACAUUAUCAAUGAAAUCUAUGAAUAAUUUUUCAACACAAUGGACAGAAAAAGUUCUUUCCGAGUCAAUUCCACUAAACGAAUAUCCACGUCCACAUUUAAAACGUAAAUUAUGGUUGAAUUUAAAUGGAAUUUGGUCAUUUACAAUAACUUCAAUUAAUGAAACAUUUCCAAAAAUUUAUGAUCAAUUCAUACGUGUUCCUUUUCCUGUUGAAUCAUAUUUAUCCGGUAUACAAAAACGUAUUGAUUCAACAAUGUUUCUUUGGUAUAAACGAAAAUUUAAUAUUCAACAUCUUCAUAUUAAUGAACAAUAUCGAAUUAUUUUACAUUUUGAUAAAGUUGAUUAUGAAACAAUUGUUUAUAUAAAUAAUCGUCUUAUUGGUUUAAAACAUUUAGGUGGUUAUGAACCAUUUUCAUAUGAUAUAACAUCGUAUUUAAAUCAUACACAUGAUAACGAAAUCAUUGUACGUGUUUGGGAUCCAACAAAUCAAUGGUAUCAAGCACGAGGCAAACAAAUGUUAGAUAUUGACGAACCAAAAUCAAUUCUUUAUACACCUUGUUCAGGUAUUUGGGGAACUGUUUGGUUAGAACGUGUACCAAAUGUAUAUAUUAAUCGUUUACAAUUUAAAACAAAAAUUUCUUCGAAGCAAAUUCAUUUUAUUUAUCGUAUUGAUCUAUUUCUACCAACUCUACAUUCAAAAUAUGAAUUGAUCGAUUUAAAAAAAACCAAACAACGAUUAUUAAAUGUUCCAUAUGAUGAAAUAUUAAAUAAAUCUGAAGCUAAUUAUGAAUAUAAAUUAGAAAUUAUAAUAUCUAAACAAAAUUUCGAACAUUUAAUUACUUUAACAACAAAUAAAAGUAAUCAAGAUAAUGAAUUUAUUUUUCCUCUAUCAGAUAUCAAUCUAUGGUCACCGGAAAAUCCAUAUUUAUAUAAUAUACGUAUUCAUUUAUAUAAAAGUUAUACAUUUAUUGAAGAAAUUUCGAGUUAUAUUGGUUUUCGACAAAUUUCACUUUGUUUAAACCCAAAAAACAUUUGUUUAAACAAUAAACCAUAUUUUAUGUAUGGUGUUCUUGAUCAAGGUUAUUGGCCUGAUGGUUUAUAUCGUGCACCAACAGAUGAAGCAUAUAAAUAUGAUAUCAAACAAAUGAAAUUAUUAGGUUUUAAUACAUUAAGAAAACAUAUGAAAACCGAAACAUCAAGAUGGUAUUAUUGGUGUGAUGUCUUAGGUAUGCUUGUUUGGCAAGAUAUGCCUGCUGGUGAUUCAUUCGAAGGUUAUGAAAUUGAAUUAGAACAUGAUAAACAAUUACGAUUACAUCGUGAUAAUCGAACAAAUAAUUUACCAUUACCUACUUUAGUCAAUGAAAAUAUAAAUCCACGAACAAAAUUAAUACGACGAUAUAAAUCUAAACUUCAAUUUGAAUAUGAAUUAAAAGCAAUUAUAGAUUUUCUUUCCUUUCAUCCAUCGAUUGUUGUUUGGGUUCUGUUUAAUGAAGAAUGGGGUCAAUAUAAUACAAUACGUUUAGGAGAAUGGCUUCAACAUUAUGAUUCUGAACGAUUAAUUAAUGCAGCUAGUGGAUGGCAAGACCGUACAGGGAUUGGACAUAUGCGGGAUAUACAUGAUUAUACAAAAAAUAUUUUUUUACCAGCAAUUGAUGAUCAAGAUCGUGCAUUAGUUCUUGGUGAAUGUGGUGGUUUUGGUUUAACAGAUUCUGGUUGGAGUUAUAAUACAUACUCUGAUUCUUAUUUGUUAACAUAUGCAUUUGAACAACUUAUUCUAAAUCUUUCAACACGUUUAUCAGCAAUGAUUUAUACUCAGCUAUCCGAUGUAGAAAAUGAAAAAAAUGGAAUAUUUAAUUACAAUCGUACAAUAUUAAAAUUUCUACCUAAUCGUAUUAAUCAAGUCUUAAAUAAAAACUUCUCCCAAUUAUAUAAACUUGAACAUCUAUGGAAUCUUACAUCUAUACCAUAUACAAAUUAUACUGAUUUAUCUUUAUCAACAUCAUUUAAUUUCAAAAUAAAUCGAAAUCCAUUGAAAUUUUAUUUUUAUAUAUGCUAUUUAUAUUCAUUUGUUAAUAUAACAAUUGAUAAACAUUAUAAAAUUAGCCUUAAUAAUACCGAUGAAAUAAAUGAUUAUCAUUAUAUAUCAUUACCGAAUAAUCUUUUUUCUAAUUCUUUAAAUCAAAAACAUUCUCUAGACAUUUAUCUAUCUUAUAAUAAUAAUGAUCAAUCUUUUCUAUAUAUUAAUCGAACAUAUUUUUAUUUAAAUCUUGCAAUACUUUCUGAAUAA